CUUUUUGCUUAUAUUUCUUUCUUCCUGCCAAAUCCCUGAAUUUGCAGCAUCUCUCUGUUCCAUCUGUCAUCUCAACCCAAUCAUUCCACCAUGUCAGCUCAGGUUGGUCAACCACCUCACAUGACGGCCGUUCAAAAAUUGGCUGCCGUGAAUGAACAAACCUGGCUCUCCAUGGGUGCUUUGGCCGAACUCAUGACCGACUAUGAUAGAGCCAGCAACUGUUAUGAACAGGCUCUCAGACAUAAUCCUUACUCCAUACAAGCAUUGUCUCAAAUUGCAUCGCUUUGUAGAGGUCGCGAACACUUUCAAAAGGCUGUCGAAUAUUUUAAACGAAUCUUAUCGAUUCAAGAGAACAAUGGCGAAAUUUGGGGUGCUUUGGGCCAUUGUUAUUUGAUGAUGGACCAACUGCAAGAAGCCUACCACGCUUAUCAGCAAGCGUUGUAUCAUUUGCCUAAUCCUCGGGACCCUAAACUAUGGUAUGGAAUUGGUAUCCUCUAUGAUCGAUAUGGUUCUUUAGAACAUGCCGAAGAGGCAUUUUCAGCUGUCAUGAAAAUGGAACCCAAGUUUGAGAAGGCCAAUGAAAUUUAUUUCCGCUUGGGUAUCAUUUAUAAGCAACAGCAAAAAUAUGAUCUUAGUCUUCAGUGUUUCCGUUAUAUUCUGCACUCACCACCACGACCUUUGACCGAGAUCGAUAUUUGGUUCCAGACUGGACAUGUUUAUGAACAACAAAAGGAGUAUCAAUCCGCUAAAGACGCCUAUGAACGAGUUUUGGCUGAAAAUCCAGAGCACGCCAAAGUCCUGCAGCAAUUAGGCUGGUUAUAUCAUCAACAAAACGCGUCGUUCGCCAACCAAGCCAUGGCCAUUCAGUACUUGACUCGAUCUCUUAAAUCGGAUGGCAACGAUGCACAGUCUUGGUACCUUUUGGGACGAUGCUAUAUGGCUGAACAAAACUACAACAAAGCUUAUGAAGCUUAUCAACAAGCCGUUUAUCGUGACGCGCGAAAUCCCACCUUUUGGUGCUCUAUUGGUGUUUUGUAUUAUCAGAUAAAUCAGUACCGUGAUGCGUUGGAUGCCUAUAGCCGUGCUAUUCGUCUUAACCCAUACAUUAGCGAGGUGUGGUACGAUUUGGGAACGUUGUAUGAGUCAUGCAAUAAUCAGGUUCAAGACGCGCUGGAUGCGUACCAACGAGCUGCCGAUCUUGACCCAUCCAACCCUCACAUUAAACAACGUCUGGAACUCUUGCGUAAAUCGCAAGGAUCUUCUGCCGGUGGAGCCACUGCGGCUCCUGUCCCACAAGACGUCAAUAAUCCCAAUCAAUACCAAAACGGCCAGCCUUUGAAUGGCAAUGCAUUCUCUCAAUCCCAAGGCCCACAAGGUCCCCCGGCUGGUAUGGCACAAUAUCCUUCCAUUGCCAACCAACCAAGAGGCGGAGAUAAUCGUGGAGGUCCUCCCAUGCAUGAGUUUCCUCCUCACGAAUCCGCUGGCGGACCUCCAAGAGAUUUACCCAUGCCUGGUGGUGGUCGUCGUUCAUCACCUGGUCCUUAUGGUCAACAUCCGUCUUCUUCACCUCGCGAUGAUGUUCGUAUCGCUGAUAUCGGUGGAGGUCGUGCGCCUACGCCAUCGGAACGUACUCAAAUGAAUCCUAUUCAUGACGGUCCAAACAGUAGCCGUAUGCCACCCCAUCCUCAUUCUGCACCAUCGCCUUUACCAAAACGUCCACCCCAUUCCACCAAGGGUCGUGACGAUAUGAGAUCCCCCAUUCCUCCUCAUCAAGGCGUAUCGGUAGAAAGUAGUCGCAUCACCCCACCUGGUGCAUUGGCCCGUCCACCAUCACGAGGUCCAUCUCCACAUACCAGCCACUACAGCUCACCGCGUCAACAUCAUGCUACUACAGCAGCACCGGAUCACCACCAUAUGCAUCAUGAGCAAAUGAUGAACAAUUCUCGAAGAUCUUCCGAUCCCUAUGAACACGAAGGCAUUUUCCAUCGGGUACAACCCAAGAGCAGUCAUUCUACACCCUACACUCCAGAGAACAAUGGAUUCCAUCCUGUGGAACAACGUGGUUCACCCGCGACAGUUAAGCAAGAAGAUGAAGCACGAAGUGGCGGUGGUUUCCGUCGUUCACCUGAAAACCACGCCACCCCAGUGGAAAAGAAGGUACCAGUGGAUGAAAGGCCUUCUAGUCGAGAAGUCGAUGAAGAUUAUGACGAAACGGCGGCUGAUACAUUGAUGAGUAUGGCGCAAACGGGAGGUGGUCGAAAGCGAUCCUUGGAUCGUCAUGAGGAAGUUGCUAAUGUUGAUAGCGAUAGCAAGCGACCUAAACCGGCUGAACCAGAAGAUGAAAAGCCCGCCGCGGCUCAAGACGAAGCACAGCGAGAACCUGAAAAAACUCAGGUUGUGUCCGAAGUAGAAAAACCUUCGGUUGUUGCUGAGCAGCAGCCCGAAGCUCCUACUGCAGCGGAAGAAGCUCAACAACCAGAGGAUGAAGAUGAACCCGAGGAUGCGUCCAUGGAAGAAGCAUCAGCGCCAGAGUCGGCCGUGACGGAUCAACCGCCGGUGGAAGACUCCCCCCAAGAAGAUCAUGUUGUCGAAGCAAAACCUUCCUCACCGCCCCCCAGCGAACAACCCGAUGGUGCUGAAGACGGUGAAGCGGAUCCAGAGAAAGAAGAAGGCGAAACCGAUGCCGCUGAACCUAGCAAAGACGAUGCUGCUGAGUUGAGUGAACCUGAAGCAGGAGAAGUUACCCCAUCACCUGAAGCAACUACAGCAUGACCGUAACCGUGGUGUUCUUUCUUUCUUUUUCUUUCAUUUUUCUUUCUACUUUUUUUUUUUUAUAAAGCUUCUUCACAAAAAUCUCGUAAAACAGGCACUCUCAAAACCAUAUACAGUUUUCUCUUCUAUUUCUUUCCCCUUUCUUUGUUUCCAUGUCACAUCCGGGCACCUUGCUUAUUCAUAAUAAGGAUUAUAACUUUUUAAGAAGGAACCAAAGAAAAAUCCGAAAGCAAUAAACCAAAACAAAUAUUU